AUGGCUAUAAUGAUGAGUGAGCUAAAGAAUGUGCUGACAUGGACAACAGAAGACCUGAAUGCUGUUCUAAUGAAAGGAGAUGAGCUGUACACAUGUGUUAUUGGUGUUGAUGUUUAUGACAUAGAUGUGCAAGAUGUAUGUAUGCCUAUAGAUGAAACGCUUCAGAGGACAAUGUUAAAUGAUGAUGCAUGUUUGUUGAAUAUUAAAGACUAUAUUUGUGCAGUUAUAAAGGCAGCAAAGCUACGUCAGUAUUUUCAUAAAAAGUAUCAUGACAACCCAACAUUUAAAGCAAAGCUACGUCAGUAUUCUCAUAAAAAAUAUCAUGGAAACUUAACAUUUAAAACGAGUAAAAUACAGAAAGGAUGUGCAAUGUAUGCUAAACGGAAGGAAAGACAGAAUGAUAUUGAUUUCACUAUUAAUCUGUUUCAUCAAGAAGUCAGUAGAGGCCCAGAAUGUGUUUGUUGUGUAUGUCAUCGUUUAUUGUUCAGAAAACAGGUUAUUGAAUGUAUAAGAGAUUGUUAUGAACAAAAAGGACACAAAAUACUGAUUAGCAAAAGAUGUAUCACACUCAAGUAUUUACAUGCAUGUAACAAUGAAUGUAAGUCUAAUUGUUAUUUAUCUGGCAAUUUGUCAUGUAAAUUGUGGAUUUGCUAUACAUGCCAUCGAAAUAUGCAUUUGGUGGAGAUUCCAAAAGAAUUAAAAUGUUUAAAUUCAUUGGAACAACAUCUAAUAGCACUCAAUAUUCCUUUCUUACGUCUUCUUUGUCUGCCUCGGGGUCAACAGCGAGGUGUUCAUGGGCCUGUUGUCUGUGUUCCAGUAACUACUACAAAGAUGACUAUCAUUCUUCCACGAAAUGAAUGUAAUGACCAUAUGAUAAAGAUUAAACUGAAACGAAAAUUAACAUACAAAGGCCAUUAUGAAUAUAAAUAUGUCCACACAGAUCAUGUAAGAAAUGCUUUAUGGUAUCUGGUUAAACACAAUAAAUUGUAUAGUGAUGUGGAGUUUAAUGAGCAGUGGGUCAACUCAUUGAGUGAGCCAGAUGAUAUUCAAAGUAAUGCUAAUGAUGAAAUGGAUGAUGAUAAUGUAUCAGAUAAAAGUGGUGAUGAAGUUGAAGAAGGUGAAGAAUUGGAAAUUCAGCCAGAAGAUGAUUUAAGUUUUAUUAAAGAACAAAAUGGUCUUUUGUCAGACACAUCACUACAGCCUGUUGAUAUUGGUUCAGAAGUUAUUGAUCAGCAUUUUCAUGAUGUACUAAAUGUAGCACCAGCUGAAGGUAACAGUCCUGUUAGGUUGUUAUCAGAUAAAACAAAUGAGGCAAAGUGCUUUCCUGUUCUUUAUCCGACCGGUGGUCCAACAUUUCAUGAUGCCAGACCAGAAAAAAUCACAUUGACAAGAUACCUGAAUGCACGAAUACUAAAUGCUGAUGGACGUUUUGCACAGAACACAGACUUCAUUUUUUAUGCACAAUAUAUAUCAGAAGUUGAUCAAAUUGUAUCUAAUGUCUCAAUUGCAUUACGCAAAGGUUGUGAGAAAGAUGAUUUAUCAAAGGUAACAGCAGAUAUGCUGACAAAUUCUGAUAACUUGCAAAAAAUACUAAAGUAUGAUGAAGGAUAUAAGUUUUUGAGACCAGUCAGAGGGACGCCUCCCUAUUGGAUGUCUACACAGAAAGAUCUCUUUGCACUGAUUAGACAACUUGGCAUACCGACUUUCUUUGCAUCUUUUAGUUCUGCAGAUCUGAGAUGGCCUGAAAUGAUGAACGCCAUUAUUAAACAAGAGGGUAAACAAAUAAAUGUUGAUAAGCUUGAUUGGUCUGAAAAAUGUGCAUUUUUGAGACGAAAUCCUGUCACUGCAGCGAGGAUGUUUGAUCACAGAUGGCAUUGUUUUCUGAAACAUGUCAUUAUGUCUCCAGCUGAACCUAUUGGUAAAAUAAAAGAUUAUUUUUAUCGUGUUGAAUUCCAACAACGUGGUUCUCCUCAUGUUCACUGUCUUUUUUGGGUAGAAAAUGCUCCAAAGCUUAAUGAUGAUGAUGAAGCUAAUGAUCCUGUGGUUGUUGAUUUCAUUGACACAUAUAUCACCUGUGAGACACCAGCAGAGCAAGACAUUGAACUCUUUGAAACAGUAAACAGUGUGCAGAAGCACAGCACAAGACAUUCAAAAACAUGUCGCAAGAAAAAUACAGUAUGUCGUUUUAAUUUCCCAAGACCUCCAUCUAGCCGUACCUUUAUUACAAGAGCAUCUAAUGCAGAUGAGUCCAAAGGGAAUGAUGAAGAUGAAACAGCAAGUGCAAUUAUAAAUAAAGUUAAAACUGCAUUAAACUCUGAUGUGAAUUUUGACUCAGUUGAUGCGUUUUUUUUAUUUCUGGGAAUUGAUCAGACUGUGUUUGAGAAAGCAUACAAUAAAUGUUCUAAAAAGAAAAGCAUUGUCCUGAAAAGAAAUAUAAAAGAUAUUUGGGUAAACCAGUAUAACAGAGAUUUAUUGCGUGCUUGGCAAGGGAAUAUGGAUAUUCAGUAUGUCACAGAUGCUUUUUCUGUUGUGGUUUAUAUUAUAAGUUACAUCACAAAAGCUGAGCAAGAAAUGGGACUGUUACUUCAACGUGCACAAAAUGAAGCUAUGAAUGGUAAUCUUGAAGCUAAAGCAUCAUUAAAACAAUUGGGAAGUGUGUACCUACACAGUAGGGAACUUUCCUCGCAAGAAGCCGUGUACAGACUGACAGGCAUGCAUUUAAAGGAAUGUUCACGUAAAGUACAAUUCAUUCCAAUAGGACCAAAUCCUGUUAAGAUGAGUUUGCCUUUGCAUCUACUACAAAAUAAAGUGGAGAAAGACCAGUCUGAUGAUGAAAGCAGUUAUUGGAUGACAAGUGUUGUUGACAGGUACAAGAACAGACCUCAUACAGAACCAAUGAAAAAUCUUUGUCUUGCCAGUUUUUGUUCAGAGUACAGAGUCUUGUCAAAAUCUGAAGUUUCUUCACAAAAGCAAGUUAUUAAACUCAAUAAUAAUUGUGGUUAUGUGAAACGAAGGACACGAACUGAACCUGCAGUUGUGAGAUAUCCAAGAUUUUCACCCACAAAAGAUCCAGAAAAAUAUUAUCAGUCAUUACUUCAGCUUUUUCUACCAUAUUAUGAUGACUGUCAUCUUAAGCCUAGACACUAUGAGACUUAUGAGGACUUUUACAACAGUGGUGUCAUAAAAAUUGGUUGUACACUGCAUAAAGUAAAAUCAAUUGUUGACUGCAACAGAGAAUUGUUUGAAAAAGAAAGUGACAAAAUAGAAAAAGCUAAACAGCUUUUGGAGCAGGAUAUAGAUUUAGAGGAUGCUUGGGCUGCAAUAUGUCCUGAAACUGAAAGACAGCGUCAUGAAUGUAUUGAAAUAAUGAAGAAUAAAGUAUUACCUGAUGAUGACACUCGAGAAGUGAUUCCAGAUCUUACAGGAAACCCUCAAACUGUUUGUACUAUUGAAACCAACCACACUAUUAUGCCCAGAGAUGCUGCAUUGGAUUUACUACGGUCAUUAAAUGAGGAGCAAUCUGCUAUAUUCUAUAAAGUCCGGAAGUGGUGUCUACAGAAAAUACUUGGACAGAACCCUGACCCUUUCAGAUUAUUUAUUACUGGUGGAGCAGGAACAGGAAAAAGUCAUUUAAUUAAGGCAAUACACUAUGAAUCAUCCAGACUAUUAUCUCAGUUGUCUGAAAAUCCUGAUGAUGUUACUGUGCUUUUGACAGCUUCGACAGGAGUAGCAGCUUUUAAUGUUGGUGCUUCAACUAUUCAUAAUACAUUUUCAAUUGGUGCAAAUGUCAGAUUGCCAUAUCAGCCACUCAGUGAUGAAAAAUUAAACUCUUUACGUGUGAGCAUUGGUAAUUUGCAAAUUUUGAUUAUUGAUGAAGUCUCUAUGGUUGACCAUCGUCUGUUGUCAUACAUUCAUGGAAGGCUGCGACAAAUAAAACAAACUGGUGAUUACUCUCUAUUUGGAAAAGUCAGCAUUAUUGCUGUGGGUGAUUUCUAUCAGUUACCGCCUGUAAAGGGUACUGCUCUUUAUUCUGAUGCAAAAGGAGUAAACAUAUGGGAAAACAACUUUGAACUUGCUCAGUUAACCAAAGUUGUUAGACAAAAAGAUUCAGCUUUUGCUGAGAUGUUAAAUCGUCUGAGAGUACGUAAAAAAGAUGAAUCUCUUACAGCUACUGACAUUGCUACACUGAAAAAAUGUGAAACAGGGGAGAAAUGUAAUGAUCUUCACAUAUUUGCUACAAAUGCCGAGGUUGAUAAAUACAACAUUGAAAGACUACAUGAAUGUUGCCCAGAUGCAAUUAGUAUAAAUGCUCAGGAUUAUAUCAGAAAUUCAAAAACUGGAAGAAUGGAACGUAAAGUUGGAUACCACACUAAAGUUUUCAACUCAUGUUUGUCUAAAUGUAUUUCAUUGGGUGUUGGAGCAAGGGUUAUGUUAAAGAAAAAUAUUGAUGUUGCUGAUGGUCUUGUUAAUGGAGCUUUUGGCACAGUUGUCCAUAUAAGUGAAAGUCAAAAAAAAGGUGAAGAUAAUGAGGAUUUACCAUCAGCUAUUCAUGUGGAGUUUGAUAAUCCAAUUGUUGGAAAAAUUCAGAGACACAGAACACGUCAGACAUUUUCUCAGAAUUCUACUGUAAUUAAUGUACAAGAAGAUCAAGUAACAAAUGAUGGUGGAAUAAGAAGGCAGUUUCCACUCAGAUUGGCGUGGGCAUGUACAGUUCACAAAGUGCAAGGACUUACAGUAGAUAAAGCUGUUGUAUCACUUAAUAAAAUCUUUACAGCAGGACAGGCAUAUGUUGCAUUGAGCCGUGUGAGAUCUCUUGAUGGAUUGAUUAUUGAGGACUUUAAAGAUGUUGUCAUAUUUUGUAAUGACAAAAUUGAGUUGGCAUUAAAAGAUAUGCCAAAAUUAACUUUGGAAAAGUACACUUUCAGUAAAUCACUUGAAAUGAAAAGCAAAUUGAUCAAGAACUCUUAUGAGGGCAUGGCAUGCAGGGUGGUUCGUGAAGGACAGCUAAGAAAGAGCUUCCAGCAAAUACAGGAGAAGACAACAAAACUGCUCUGUGUGUCAGCACAGGUUGGACUCAAGAUCAACAGAAGAAAGACAAAAAUUCUUAAAGUGAAUGCCACAAGUCAGGAGCCAGUGAUGCUAGAAGGGGAAGCCCUGGAAGAAGUGGACUCUUUCACAUACCUCGGUGAGAUUGUAAGACGGAGAUGGGCCUGGUUAGGCCACACUCUGCGAAAACCGACAGAUAACAUCACCAAACAGGCACUCACCUGGAAUCCUCAAGGGAAAAGAAAACAGGGAAGGCCAAGAAACACCUGGCGCCGUGACCUUGAAGCAGACAUCAAAGUGACUGGCCUGUCCUGGGGCGAACUGCUCAUUCACAAACUGGUUCAGCUUGGCCUUACCAUCUUGUUAUGCAACUGGCUGCUGGACUUUCUGACUGUGAGUCCUCAGGAACUGCAUUAUCUCAUUAACAAAAGAGAUAAGAUAAACUACAGGAACGAGGUGAGCCUGUGUCUGGAUGUGGACAAGAUGAAGCAGAUUUUUGUUUACUUCAGGACAGUGUGUAUUCAGAAUGGUCCUCUGAUCGAGUGA